AUCUGGCUUCCGCCAGGAAGACAACCAGGAGACUGCCAACCUUGUGCACCUGCGCAGAUCGCUGCGUCUGUCUGUCACCAUGGCAGCAUGUGCAGGGGGCCCGGGAUCCUGGAGUGAAAAUAUACUGAAAUAUUUUCUGAGGAACAACCAGAUCACGGCAGAAGACGGCGCUGAGAUCCUCUGGUCCCACGCAGCCAACCACAAGUCUCAGAUGAACGAGGCGCUGAAGAGUGCUGCCCACAUGAUAGAGGCUGAUGUCCUUCUUCCUAGUGACGGAUCAGAGCAUGGCCAGCCAAUCAUGGCCCAUCCUCCUGAGACAAGCAGUGAUAACACUUUGCAGGAGUGGCUGGCUGAGGUUGUGAAGAGCAACAAGGGCAUCAAGUUGGAUUUCAAGAGUCUGGCAGCAGUCAGAGCGUCCAUGCUGUUCCUGGACAACAUGAAGCAGCACCUGCAGCGCCCCGUGUGGAUUAAUGCCGAUAUUCUUCCCGGGCCAAAUGGGAGCAGCAAAGUAGUGGAUGCCAAAGCCUUUCUAGACACCGUGACAUCCUUCUUCCCGGACGUGACCUUUUCCUUGGGUUGGACAACAGGAUGGCAUCCUGAGAAAGUCAAUGAAGGCUACAGUUGGUCGAUGGUGAAAGAGAUGGACUACAUAUGCAGCGAGCUAACCCAGCCGGUCACGUUCCCUGUCAGGGCAGCUUUAGUGAGGCAGUCGUGUCCUCAGUUGCUCUGGCUAUUGACAAAAUCAAACAGGUACAGCUUAACUGUUUGGACUGGAAAAGAUGACAUUUAUUCCACUGAGGAUUUACUUUACAUUCGAGACUACUUUAAUAAAACCCAAGUUUUCUAUGAUAUUUCAGAACCACAAAACCAUGAAUUUAAACAAGCCAUUGGAAUUCGAGGCCAUUCUCUAAGAAUAUAGUUCUUAAUUUUAUAUAUAUAUAUAUAUAUAUAUAUAUAUAUAUAUAUAAUUUCUUCUAAAUCAUGUUCUCUUUGGUUUCCUUUGCUUUUUGCUGCUUUGGUCUCAAUCAAUGGCUGUAUUAAUUGUAAUUAUUGACUUAUGCUAAAUGUAUCUAAUCAGAAAUGUUUAUUGUGUGUUUCCUCUGAUUUUAUAAUGUCUCAUGGCAGAACAUAUCUGUACUUUGCCAACUGUAAUAAAAUUGUUUAAAAAUUAUAGUAACAGUGUUCAAGCUGGGUAUGGUAGCAUGUGCUUAUAAAACCCCAGGACUUCUGGGACUAAAACAGGAAGAUCAAGAAUUCAAGACUAGCCUGGGCUAUAUUGUGAUGCCCUGUCUCAAAAGCAAAUGUUUUAUAACGUCUCUAUAAUCCUCACACAUUAAUUUUGUAAAAAGGUUUGAAUUAAUAAAUGAACUACUUUUUGAUGAA